AUGGCUUGUUGCUUUAAUGUUGCCUGUUUUUUCUGUACUCUAUGUGCGUUCAUUGGAUUGGCGAGUCUUGUACAAUUUUGUUUGGGUAUCUACUUAACUUUCAUUCAAAUUGAUAUAGCUAUAAUCAAUCGUCUUAUCAAAACAGACAAAGUUGAUUCAUGUCUGGCGUAUAUUCUUAUGGUAUUUAUUGGCUUAGGUUUUAUCUCAUUAAUAUUAGUCUUAUUUUCUAUUUAUGGCAUGGCUAAACGAAAUAGACCUUUAUCAUUAUUCAUCGCUGUUUUAUGGGUAUUUACAGUUGCAAUUAAUCUUGUUAUGUUUGCUAUAUUACUUCUCUAUUAUUAUGUAAUUUUUCCGCAAUUACAUAUUUUCCUCACUGGUUCUCUUCAUCAAUCACGGUCAAUAACAAUAAACUUUCUCGAUUAUCUUCAAUCAAAAUACGCAUGUUGUGGAAUUAAUAAUAAAGAUGAUUACAAAAAUUUUUCACUUGAUUCAUUACCUUUAUCAUGUUGUCGUGUAUCAAAUUGCUGGCGUGAUAUUGGUAUUAACAAUAAUAAUGGUUCAAAUAAUACAAUGUCAUUGAUACAUACUGAUGGUUGUUAUUCAAUUGUUAAUCAAUAUGUUACUUUUGAAUUUUUGAUAAUUGGUGGUGUUACAGGCCUUUGUGCUCUCUUACAGAUAUUAGCAAUUACAUUCAUGUGUAUUUUAAAUCAACGUUAUCAAAAAUCGGAUGAUAAUCAAAAAUUUGUGAUUAGUCACUUGGGUACUGAUUCAUCAUUCAAUGAAAAUAUUAAUAAUAACAAUAAUAAUAUACAAGAUUCAUCGAGCACUAUUGAAGAAAUAGUUGAAGUAACUCAAAUUUGA